GGGAUUACUUCAGCCUUUUCAACAUCACGUCAGUCGCAGCUCGAAUCACCCUUUCCAGAACGUUCCCAAUUGGGGAUCAUGCAUAGCAAUGGAUGGAUGAGGCAGUGGAAUGUCGCUGCAUUGUAUUGUAUUUCCCCUUUGGCAAGAUUGCCAAGAACGAACCCCCCUUCGGCUACGGGAGCCGCCCAGACGCGCCCCCACCUCGCUAUUGGGAUCAAUGGGGUUAGUCACGGGUCCAUCCAUCAUAGGAUCAUUGGGGGGCGACGAUCUGCAACGAUGGCACCUCCGCUGUCGACUAUGGAUAGGUACCUCAAUAUGGUCCCAUUCUCGUGGGUCACUGCCCUCUCACCAUCCUCGGUUCAGACAAGCACAUCCGCUUCUUCCCCGGUUGUCUGUGACACGCCUCACUUGGGUCACCCCAACAUGGCACCACCGAUUUACGCGAGGUUGUCCUCCAGCGAUCGAACACAUAUCGUCAUACCUGCGCGAGUGGUACAAUCUUACUGAUUUUUCACGCCAUCGAGCGUUGCCCGUAUCACAAAAAGGCAGGUCGACAUUUUCCGGGCCCUAGCGCUGCACCUCACUGUGCUGCACCUCGCCCAUUGGAAUGGUGACUGUUUCCUAGGUCACAAAUGACGUGGAUUAAGGGCAGGAAUACUCGCGAGAAUCGGAGAGGUGAAACUGGUCUGGGAUUCUAAAUUUUAAAAGUA